AUGUCGCAACGGGAAAACGCCAUUAGCUACAACAAAUUUAACAUUAAAUUUAAUCUUUUCGCCCCCGGCUUGCUACCGGACGUAUGUCCGCGCGCUUCCGGCGCGGCUGCUAGCGGCGCCAACAACCCCCCUUUUGUACUUUCCGGUAAUACCAAAUUAAUAUUUAAAAUUGUAAAAAAACAAACCGAAAUUAUAAUAAACGCGUUAAAAACGCAAACCCGCAACCUUUGCAACCGCAUGCUUAAUUAA